CGCAUCACGCGCACGCUUUUUAGGGCUGUAGGACACGGGAACAAUCUCCACCUGGAGACCCUGUAGGGCCAGUCACCAAAUUCCAGAUGGGACCGGGAGAUGCGAGGCUGGGGCUGCCGAUGUGGCGGGUAAAGGUUCAGCCGCGGCACCCAACUCGGCAGUGGAAUGGCCGUGACCCCCUUAUCAGAUCGCCCUAAAAGGCUUAUCCCCUCCUUGGUCUGGUACAACCCUGAUAUUUCUCGCGGGGUUCAAUAUGGCGGACUCCAAAGCAGAAGUCACACUUACCGCUGGGUCGGUGAUAGUCAAGAGUGAACCAAUCUCGCAGUCACUGCAGAAUGAGCCCAGCAGCACGCAGCCACCUAAAAAUGAACCAGUCGCUGACCCUACGUAUCCGAAAUGGCACUAUGUCGCCAUCGUGGCAGCCGGCUGCCUCAUCAUGAUGACCACCUGCUCCUUCAUCUUCGCCUUUGGAGUGUACCAAUCCCUAUACGAGGAGAUGGCCGCGCAGCCCAACACCCCCUUCACAGGGGCCUCCACGGCACUCAUCGAUCUCAUCGGCACCUUGGCCAUCGCGCUCAUGUCCAUGGCCGGACCCUACGCCACCGCCUGGUCGAAACAAUACUCCCCGCAAGCCGUCAUCAUCGCGGGCGGCUGGGUGUUUGGGGUCGCCUACAUCCUUGCCAGCUUCAGCCGGGCGCUGUGGCAUUUCGCCCUAACACAGGGUCUGCUUCUCGGGAUUGGAUGCUGCCUCGCCUACGUGCCCACCAUGUCCGUGGCCCCGACCUGGUUCAGCGCCCGCCGCGGCCUGGCUAUGGGGGUGAUCAUCUCCGGCACGGGGAUCGGCGGCAUGAUGUGGCCCCCGGUCCUGCGGGCGAUGAUCUCGCACAUCGGGUUCCGCAACGCCCUGCGUGUGUCUGGCUGUAUCGCCACGACUAUCGUGACGGGCGCUGGCGCCGUCCUUCGCUGGGAACCGCGGUUCCACGCCAACCUGAAAGCCCGGCAGCAGGAGCAACUCGCAUCUAACCCCAGCAGCACCUCUUCCAGAACGCAGUGGAGGCGCCUCCUCACCGUCCCCCUUGUCGACCGCACCACCGCGUUCUCUGGACGCUUCCUCGCCCAAGCAUCCGGCUGCUUCCUGCAAUCUGCCGGGUACACAACCCCGCUCUUCUUCUACGUCGCCUUCGCGCAGACCCUGGGCUACAGCACCACCACGGCCGCCACCUUCCUGACAGUCAGCAACGCCUCGAACUUCGUCUCGCGGAUUGUGCUCGGCCACCUGGCCGAUAAAUUCGGGCGCAUCAACGCCCUCGCCGCGACCACGCUCGUCAGCGCCGUGGCAGUAUUUGCCUUCUGGCUGCCCGCGACGUUCUCCCCGGACGGCGGGGUGCCCGCCGCCGCGGCGCGCGGCUGCUUCAUCGUGUUCACGGUGCUGUACGGGGCGUUCGCGAGCGCGUACAUCUCGCUGUUCCCGGCCUCGUUGGUGGAGGUGUUCGGGGUGGAGAAGUUUACUAGUGUGAACGGGGUGCUGUAUCUCAUCCGGGGCAUGGGGGCGCUGGUGGGUACCCCGUUAGUGGGGUUGUUGAUCCCCGAGCGCACGGCGUUGGUGGACGCCGGGACGUAUCGGCGGGCGGCGGGAACAGUGGGCGCGUUGCUGAUGGCGGCGGCGGGCGCGUGUUUCUGGGUGCGCUGGGAGAUGAGAGGUAGUAAUAGGGGGUGGAGAGUGUAGUUUCUCAGAUGCUCGAGAUAAUGUACUGGAAUGAUUUUCGUGCAUAUUAGAACGAUAGAGAUUAAUUAAGACCAACCUAUAAUACAGCCCGCCAUAUUAUCAUCACUAGGACUUAGGGUUGA